UCAGCUACCGCGACUUCCUGUUUGCUGACAGUGACAAGAGCGUCUGGCAGUUUGGAAAAGUUUCCGACUUUAAAAGCUAAAUAUACCACAACAUUCGCAGUUUUAGGAAUCUGAAUGGUGUAUUGGUGAAAGACUAAGGUUUCAGCUUUGCUCAGAUAUUGUUGACAUGGCGACAGCAGACAGCGUACAGGGUGUGGAUGACGUCAGGAGAGGAGCAGCAGGGGGUUCUGUCAGCAGUGUUCUCACCUGGCAAGGAGAAAGAUGUGAGGAGUCUGGGAAAGAGUCCAGCAGGCAAGGCAAGGGUGUGAGGGUGUUCAGGUGUGAGGAGUGCAACCGGCAGUUCAAUCAGCUGGCUCAUUUGAAGAAGCACAUGCGGACUCACACAGGUGAGAAACCGUACAGGUGUGAGGAGUGCAGUAAGCAGUUUAGUCAGAUGGGCAAUCUGAAGUCUCACAUGCGGACUCAUACAGGGGAGAAACCCUACACGUGUGAGGAGUGCAGCAGGCGGUUCAGUCACUCGAUAGCCUUAAAUAACCACAAGCUAACUCACACAGGUGAGAAACCCUACAGGUGUAAGGUGUGCAGCAAGUCUUUCAGACAACUGGGUCAUCUGAACAAACACAUGCUAACUCACACAGGGGAGAAACCUUACAGAUGUGAGGAGUGCAGCAGGCAGUUCGGUGUUCUGGGUGCUCUAAAGAAACACAUGCGGACUCACACAGGUGAGAAACCCUACAGGUGUGAGGAGUGCAACAGGCGGUUCAGUCGGUCAGCUCAUCUGAAGCUACAUAUGCAGACUCACACAGGUGAGAAACCCUACAAUUGUGAGGAGUGUAGCAAGCAGUUCAGGCAGCUUAGUAAUCUGAAGUCUCACAUGCGGACUCAUACAGGGGAAAAACCUUACAAGUGUGAGGAGUGCAGCAAGAAAUGCAGUCAGCUGAGUCAUCUGAAGGCGCAUAUGCGGACUCACACAGGGGAGAAACCCUACAAGUGUGAGGAGUGCAGCAAGCAGUUCGGUUUGCUAGGUACAUUGAAGACUCACAUGCGAACUCACACUGGAGAGAAACCCUACAGGUGUGAGGAGUGUAGCAGGCAGUUCCGUCAGCAGGGUGAUCUGAAGAAGCACAUGCAGACUCACACAGGGGACAAACCCUACAAGUGUGAGGAGUGCAGCAAGCAGUUCGGUUUGCUAGGUAACCUUAAGACUCACAUGCGGACUCACACAGGUGAGAAACCCUACAAGUGUGAAGGGUGUGGUAAGCAGUCCAGUACUCUGAGUAAUCUGAAGUCUCACAUGAAAACCCACAGGAAACAAGUCCAACAGAAGUAAUGCAUUUGGUUUAUGGUUAAGGAUGACAAGUUUUGUUAUACGUCUUCUGAAUCUGAUGUAUAACAUGAGAACUGAUUUGAUGUUAGGGGAGCAAGCAGGCUACUUUCUGCACCAGAGCUUUACCUGUGUAGGAAAUUAAGCAGAACACCAUUAAAUGAUGACAGGUUGACGAAGUUGUGUUUUUCCAUUUUGCAUUUUUUGGACUCCUCCUAAGUUACUAGUUUGUUAUCUUAACUGUAUAUUUUUAUGGCAGCAUGAACGCUAUAGUUAAAACAGUACAUGUAGCCUAAUCUGUAUCUUUAUUCUUUGACAGAAAGAAAGAUGAGAGAGAUAAUAAAGAAACGCUUUAGCUUGUUGAUUCCUUAUACUGUAGCUUAAUAUACUUGUUUGUUAACAAAGUCGUUAUGUUAGAUGUAAUAUUACUAAUAACGGAUAUGUUUCUGAGGAGGGCACAAAGAGCCAGAGGCUUAUAGCAAGCUUCUUUUGUUUAUUUGCCAUUAGUUUACUAUCUUGUAGAGCACUUCUUUUUUUGCAAUUCUAUUUCUAGAACACUUGUAUGUUGUUUGCGUUAACUGUAGUUCGUUUUUGUUUGCAAAUUUUCCCUUAGAUGACAGGUCUAGUUAUUGUAGGUUAAAUGUUAGAUAACUUAAUAGAUUAGUUUGUGAAGUUUGUUAGGUAGUUCAUCGAGGUAUUUAAACCUACAUUUUACUAAGAAAUUAACUAAUAUGCUAACACUUUUCUGGCAUGUAUUUCUAUGUUGUACAGCACUUCUUUUGUUGCAUUUCUAUUACAUUGUUUGGGUCAACUUUGUUGUUGUGUUGUUCUAUCAUCUUUUGUCAUAAGCUCACCAUAUCCUGGAUUUUGGUUGCUAUUGAUCGGAUAACAAGAUGAAUGGAAGAUGAUUUGUACUUGUAUUGAGGUUGAUUUGUUAACUGUAACUAUUAACCUCUGCGUGAUGUUGAUGGCAUUGUUUGUUGUAGAGAUUUACAGUUACUGUAGUGUUAGCGUUAUCAAAACUCUCAUGUACCUGUUGUACCUGCCUAGUUCAAGUUUAGUAGAUGCCUCUUUUUUUAUUAUUGUUAGUUGCCUGGAUUUGCUUAACAUUUUGUUUACAAGUAGUGAAGCUGGUUUGAAUUUGUUGACAACUGAGAGGAACUUUAUGUAGCAGCCAUUGAUCGAUUAAACAGUAUUAGUAUUAUCAUUUUAUUUCAUGUUAUAAGAAAUAAAACAUGGAUAACAUAACAUGUUCUACUCGCUCACAAUCAAUAUAUUGACGUAAUUAGAACAAGAUUAUCAUCUUGCGUACUGAAAUUUUA